GUGAGAUUUAUGUAGGAAGUGCCAGUGGCUAGGCAGCAAGUGUUCACUGACUGAGGCAUUUCACACUGCUCAUAAUUGUCUCCAUUGUCUCUGCGCCGCCUUUUUGCCUGGGCUUUAUUAUUGAAUGAUUAACUCCCUAUGAAAGAGACUUUUUUAUGAGCGUACAUCAUCCGGCAUCAAGGGUCUUGAUCCCUGCUUGGGAUCGCUCAGCACUACCAUGAUACGAGGUGCCACCAUGGUCUGUAAUGAGCUAGCUAUGGUAGUGCUGUCCGCCUACAAAUUCAUAUAUAUGUUUUUCUCAACUCCAGUUCCCCCUUCUUUGUUAUUUCUAACACCUCAGGUUACCAAGCCUGAGAGAAACAUGCAUUUCCUGCCCCCCCCCCUUUUUCCUUUUUCUCUAGAGUCUGAAAAAUCAAACUAGUCAGUAUCACUUAAGUUUUUUAGACAGUUUCACUCCUGAGCUCUGGGCUGCAAUGUAAAUGCAGCAGAAGGGUGUUGGUUUGUUUACCUGGUGCUGUCACUUUAAUGCCAGAGCUGUACAGCUGGACCUGUUUGCAAAGGGAGAAUCAACAGCUUUGCUUUAACAAAGGGCCUCUCAGGGCUGUUCAUGGAGGCCAGAGCGCUCUGCCCUUCCUGGGCAAAGCAGGUUCGUCAGUCUGCCUGUGGGGGUGCCUGCAGUUCCAGUGCUCUCCUCUUUGGGGCACUGUUGCUAUGCAGCCUCAGCACUGGGCCCAAAGCUGAGGGGGCCCCAGCAGUAAAACCAGCAAUGAUGGGGCUGAAGGCAGCACCUCCAAAGCAAUGGGGUGCUGGACGGUGCAGGACAGAUUCAGGGACAGGCAAUGACAGGGGUUUAGCCUACAACAAGGAAGGGGCAAGGACCCAGGCCUCAGAAGGGGCUGGAGUGGAGGGGCUUGGAGGUGGGAAGAGGAUGUCCACAGCAGCCGGAGCCAGGUGCCGCAGGGGGAGCGAAGAGAGCCCAGCGCUGGAAGAAGCCACUCCGUGCCUAUCCAGCUGUGUCUGCACUUCCCUGGCAGUGAACUGCUCUCGCUCGGGGCUGGCAGAGGUUCCUCCGGGAGAGCCCUGCUCCUGGAGAGUGACCAUUCUGGACCUGUCCCACAACCACCUGAACCAUGUCCGAGCAGAGGAGCUUUCUGGAUACCCCAGCCUCCAGGUGCUGGAUUUGAGUUACAACUGUAUCCGCACCAUAGAGGAAGGAGCCUUCCGCCACCUGGGCAGACUGCAGUCGCUCAAGCUCGUCUCUAACAGCCUUGUGUGCAGCUGCACCUUGCGCUGGCUCGGGGCCUGGGUGCGAGAGAAGGGCCCGGCGCUCGUGCACGAUGCGGAGCUGCUCCAUUGCUUCCAGCCAGCAGCCUCCAGCAGCAUCGGGUUACUGAGGGCGGAUUUCUCAGCUCUGAUCUGUGCCACUGAUUUUAUCUCCUGUGUGAAGGACCCAGAGACCAGGAGAGAGACAGUCCUGCUCUACUCCUACCUCCACCCCGGCACGCAGAGUCAGGCCUCUUGCCAUGCGCUCUGCUCUCAAAAGGCGCACACCCAUUAUGGCCUGGACUUGGAGGACCACUGCUUGUGUGGGUCACUAGGCAGCAGAGGGCCCGUGGACUGUAGGAAAGUGUGCUCCAAUGAAAUCCCGAGCCAAGCGUGCAAUAGAACAGUCGUCCAUGCCGUGUACCCUGUCCAGGUGAGCCUCUCGCUCUCUGCUCGGACCCAUUACAGUAUCCAUGAGGUGAUUGAAUUCACCGCUGAGAUCCCGCUGCCUGAGACCCUGUACACCUGGGACUUUGGAGACGGGGGGGAGCAGUUCUCCAGCAGCAGCCCGAGAGCUCGGCAUAUGUAUGCCCUCCCUGGCAUCUAUGCGGUGACAGUCAGGGCUCAGGUUGGGGAGAGGUCCCUGCUACAUAGAGCUGCUGUUAGUGUGAUCCUGCCUGUGGGGCUGGUGGGCAUCGAGUGCCCCAGGGCAGUGGGGAGAGGAGAGAGCAUCAAAAUCGGGAUCCACACCCAGCAGGGCACUGACCUCUCCGUCCUCUGGAAGAUGAAGAUGCCAAGUGGACAAGAGACUCUGGAUGAAACCUGUUGCUCUCAAGGUGGACGGAUCCAUUUAGAGAAUCUGAACUGCUACUGGCUCAGCCACACCAAGGAGACCUGGCAGGAUGCGAGAAGGCUCUGCCAGGGGAUCCCCGGUGGAGAUCUGGCAGUUGUAAGAACUCAGGAGGUGCAGAGCUUCCUGCAGGAGACUUUCUCUGGCGCUGGUGUGGUCUGGAUUGGGCUCAGCUCCUUGGGUUCCUUGCGCUGGGUUGAUGGGAGCCUUGUGGACUCGUUCCAGAACUGGACCCCCUUCAGUCGGCCCGAGGGCAAGGAGAGCUGUGUCCAGAUGCACCUCCUCAACCCAGAAGGGGUUUGGAGUAGUAGCCCGUGCUCUGCAAAGUCCUCUUUCCUCUGUGAGAGGAGAGCUGGAGUCACCCUGCCCAGCCCAGAUGUGUUCCUGACGGGCGUGCCGGUGUUCAGUGGAGUCUACGACGUGAGGAACGUCAGCACUGAGCAGCUGCCUCCUCUCCUGGGGCCUGACAGCAUUGAGUUGAUGCUCUUCCCAGGCCUCUGGUUCAGCCAUGCUGGUAUUCUAGUCUCCGUAGACUUCGGGAUACGAGGGACAAAGAAGCCUGUUCUGAUCCGGUUCCAGGUCCUCCGCCCACAUUGCAACCCCAACCAGUACUUGGUUCCUCCCGGCUGCAAGCUUCUUCACACGCCAUUCGCCUGCUGUCACCCCCGGCCCCUCUGCAACACCACGGGUCGCUGCCCCAGCGGGCAGCAGUGGUGCCCACUGAGAGAAGGCUGCUUGAACCUCUCCAGCCCUUGCAGCUCUUAUGCCUUUGAGAAUGUGACUUCCAGCAUCCUGCCCAUCCGAAACCCCCCACGUUACAGCGGGACCCUGCCCUUCUACCAGCCAGUGGCUGACUUACCCCUGCUACUCACUCCCAGCAGCACAAACAGGCAUGUUCAGGUUCUCCUGCCUAGAGAGGAGAUCAGCGUGUCUCCGGAUGACAUUAUUGGAAUACAGCAUAAUGCAGAGGUGAGCUCCCUUCUCCGUUGCCUGCAGCACUCCCAUUCCCCCUGGCGGCAGAGCUAUAUCAGCCUUGCAAAGGCUGGCUGGUGGGAGGGAAGCAUCAGCAGCUUUACCAGCCCCACCUGGGUGGACCAUGUCGUCUGUGACCUCCGAGUGACCUUUGUUGGCAAAACCCGGAGCUUUGCAGCCAUGCCGCGGCUGGCCAGGCAUUCGGCACACGGGGCGUACACCUACACGGCAACGGUGAAGAAUGCGGUCAGUAGCAGGCAGGUGAACUGCACGGUGGAGGUGCAGACCAAGGUCGGUGGGCUGCAGAUUAUCCACCCAACACCGGUCAGCGGGAAGCUCAAUGUGGCCACCAAGAGAGAGACUCUGAUUGUCAUCAAGAUUCUCUCCGGCUGUAAUGCCAUGGCUCGCUGGAUGGCACCCGUAGGUAAGGCUGGGGUGGUGUUUGAGGCCACCUGCCCGGGCAGCAUUGUAGCACAUGUCCCCGCCUGCCACAGAGACACUGCAGAUACCUGGUUCUCCUCGGCCCUGCUUCGCAUGGAGGAGCCGAGAAUGGAGAUGCUGAAUGUGCUGGUGUCCAAUGAGAUCAGCUCCCAAAAGCUGUCGGUAAAGAUCCAGUCGUACAAUGUCAUUGAGGGGCUCCGAGUGGUGCCGCCUGGCCCCCGCAGGAUGCUAGUGGAUGUGUCUCAGGUGUUCUCUGCAGAGCUGACCCAGGGCUCCUCUGUCUCCUACAACUGGGUCAUCGACAACAUGGACAUGUUCGCCUACAACGGACAGACCUACAGCGUCAAGUUCAAGAGGCCUGCCACAUACCAGCUGAAGCUGCGAGCCGAGAACCCUGUGAGUUCAGAGGUGGUGGAAGUGGUGCUGGCAGCCGAGGCUAUGAAUCUACUAGCCAACCCCGAGAUAGUGGGGCUCCCUGGGGUGGUGGCAGUUGACACCCUCCAGACUCUGGUGUUCAGGGUGGAAGUGGACACUGCCAUGGAAGUCACUGUGAGGUGGGGCUUUGGGGAUGGCAGCCCAGAAGUGGAGAGUCUGUUGUCUCCUCCCUACGAUUCUCAGCUGUCACGUCCAGAUCCACAGGGAGAGAGAGUCCAGGUGCUGGCCAGAGUGACCCACACGUACACUCAACCAGGUGACUACUUAGUGACCGCAGAGGCCAUCAACAAAUAUGAUCGAGUGGAGCGGGUGGCCAAGGUCCGUGCGGUCUGCCCUAUAGCUUCCGUGACCAUUCUGGUGACUCCAGCCUCCCCGCUGGUGAACGAGGUGACGCAGUUCGAGGCGUUACCCCGCCCUUCCCCCUAUGGCGUUGUUUACUCCUGGAACUUCAAUGAUGGCUCUCCCAUGCAGGAGGGAGUGAAUUUUCUGGUGCGCCACCGCUUUGAGAAGAGCGGGGUUUACAACGUAAUGCUGCAGGCCAACAACAGCCUCAGUGAGGUGCCAUCUAACGUGGCUGUGAUGGUCAGUGAAGGUGUCACGGGUCUCCGCUUGGUGGCCAGCGGACCUACUGAGCUGGGUUCAGCCACAGUUGUCAGUGCCGUCUUGGCCUCUGGCACAGAUGUCCUGUGGACUUUUAACAUGGGGGACGGGUUCGUCUACAGCAAUCUGAAUCUAAGCUUCAUCUCUCACACCUUCGCCAAGGAAGGCAACUACACAGUGACAGUGAUGGCUCACAAUGCCGCCACCUCUACCCGUGUCUCCACCAUUGCAGAGGUGUACCGGCUUCAGAUCACCAACAUCCUAGCACCCAACUGUCUCUCCAGUGGGGAACGGACUCCCUUCCAAGCCUUGGUAACGGGGCCGAGCCAAGGAGUUCAGUUCUGCUGGGAUUUCCAAGAUGGCAACCCCCCUUCUGUUGGGGACGGGGAGCCCAUGGUCUUUCACAGCUACCCAGCAGCGGGGAGCUACCAGCUGAACCUGACUGUACGUGGCACAGUAAGCACCACCUCUCGCCAACUGGCCAUCUGCGUGGAGGAUCGGAUCCGCUCGGUUAAGCUGAUGGCACCGACGCUGGCUUUAGCUUUAGGGGAACCCACGUGCUUCCAGGCUGAGGUUGUUCCAGUGCCAGACCCCCAGCACCAGUAUCGGUACCACUGGGAUUUUGGUGUUGGUGAGGAUCCAGUGACCUCAGGGUCUCCAGAAAUCACAUUCACCUACCUGGAGGGAGGAUCAUACCGGGUGACAGUCACUGUGUGGAACACGGUGAGCCAGCAAAAUGCCUCAAUAGAUAUCCUGGCUCAGAGGGCGAUUGGCACCGUCUCCAUUCUCCACAGCAGUGAAACGGGGAGCUUUCUGGCACUGGGCACCUCCUACCUCUUUAUGGCUGAGGUCCCCUGGGACAGUGCGGCCACCUUCCUGUGGAACUUUGGAGACCGUUCUCCCCCGCAGAUAGGUCAGAGCACCUCCCACUCCUACCGCACAGCUGGAGACAUCACUGUCACUGUGACCGGAAAGAACCAGGUCAGCCAUAGAAACUCCUCGCUUGACAUUACAGUCCUGGCCCCAGUGCAGUUGCUGACUCUGAGCACUGAGCGGCCAGUCUGUGAAGUCAGGCAGGAGGUCACCUUCCACGCCUCUCUGGCAUCAGGAGACCAGGUGCGCUACCUCUGGGCUAUUGGAGAGCCACGUGGCUUUCAGAAGGGGGCUGCCACUUUCUCCCAUGCCUUCCCUGCUGCCGGCUUCUUCGUGGUUUUUGUCGCAGCUGAGAAUGCAGUGAGCACAGAGAAGGCGAACAUCACUAUUGAGGUCCAAGAGCGAGCCCAGGGUGUUCAGAUCCACAGCGGGAACAUGGUGCAGGGCAGGUACCUGGCCUCUGCCGAGCCCUUUAUGCUGACCGCCGAGGUUACCCAGGGCUCCAGCCUCACCUUCCGCUGGGUGAUUUCUCGAGGGCUGCGCCGAGUGUUCACCGCAACGGGACAGUCGCUCACGUACUGUUACAAUGCGAGUGGGGAGCUGCUGGUAGAGGUGAGAGCUGGGAAUGUGCUGGGAGAGGCGUCCGCUGGCCUUGCCCUGCGGGUGGUGGCGAAAGCCUGCGGUGUGACGGUCCGGGCCGCCAGCGACAGCGUGGCUCUGGGAAAGCCAGUGAACCUGUCUGUCUCUGUGGCCUCUGGGACUGAUUUGCUCUAUUCCUGGUACGUUGAGGAACAUGCCCAGCCCCUGCUCACCAACUCUUCCUCUCUGUCCUACGCUUACUCCACUCUGGGCUCCAAGCUGGUGUUCGUCACCGUCUCCAACGUCCUCGGUUCCAGCAACGGCUCCACAGAGCUGAGAGUCCAGGAGCCCAUUUCCAGGGUGAGCUUCACAGUGGAAGGAAGCUCUCUCCCCUUCUUCUUGAUGUCAGACACUUCUAGGCAGCUCUGGGGCUCAGUGGCUGCAGGCUCUGAUGUCAAGUGGGAGUGGCAGCUGCGGGGGAAGGAGAAGCAGCAGCUCUUCUGUGGACAGAACAUCUCCUGCGAAUUCAGUGCAGCUGGAGUCUAUCAGGUGGACCUCCGAGCCUGGAACGAUGUCAGCGAGGACACAGUCCAGCAUCCUGUGGCUGUCCAAGAUCCCGUGGCUGGGCUGGCAGUGGAAGUGGACAAGCAAGACGUGUGCACCGAUGACGGGGUAGUCUUCACGCUGCACACUCAGAGGGGCACAAAUGUGAGCUUUGCUCUCGCCAUCCCGUCUUUGGGGCUCAGCCUGGAUGUCAACGGAGGAACGCAUCACUUUUCUUUCCCGGUGGCGGGUUCUCAUCGGGUGCUGGCAUCGGCCUCCAACAACGUCAGCAUGCAGCUGGCCUCUGUUAUGGUGCAGGUGCUGGAGAAGGUUCAGGGGCUGCACAUCCCUAAUUGUUGCCCAGCCGUCCUGGAGUCCAACAAGGAGCUGGCGCUCAUGGCACAGGUGCAAGCUGGCAAGAAUGUCACCUUCUUCUGGAUCUUUCACCUCCCUGGGCACCCGGCCUAUAAAGCAGCAGGCCAGCAGGUUGGGUACAUGCCACCCGGAGCAGGUAACCUGACCAUUCACGUAGAGGCCAGUAACCCGUUCUGUGCCGCAUCUUUGACUCUGACCAUGGCCCUGCAGGUGCCCAUAGAGGCAGCCACCUUGUCCAGCAAUGGGACGGGGGCUUUCCUCAAUCAGACGGUGGCAUUUGAUGUGGCGGUCAUGGGUGGCAGCGAUCUCCGCUCCGUGUGGAAGUUUGGGGACUCAGAGGAGACCUUUGCUGGCAGUGGGGACAAGAGGAUGUUUCACCGUUAUGUCCGUGCUGGGGAUUUCUUAGUGGAGGUGAAAAUCUACAAUGAGGUCAGCUUUGUCCUGGUGCAGAUGACGGUCACUGUGCAGGAGCUGGGGUGUGACAGCCCCAUGGUGAGGCUGGUGGAGCCGCCCUCCUCUGUCCCCAGAUCCCGCACCAGCUACUUCGAGGCCAGCAUAGACCUGAAGGGCUGCACGGCCUACAAGGCCCUGUACCUCUGGGAGGUGUUCAGCAGCCCCAGCUGCGAGCAGCUGGCUGAGGCUGACCAGGUGCCGCUGCAGCACACGGACCUGCUCACCCCGUCGCUCAUGCUCCCCAAGCUCUCGCUGGACAUCGGUACCCACUGCUUGCGCUUCACUGCCUCCCUCCAGCACACCCCUCUGGCCCGGACGCUUUCCCUGCUCAUCGCCGUCAUCCCCAGCAAGUUGGUUCCCGUCAUCCGAGGCGGGUCGUGGAGGAGCUGGUCUGCCCAAGUGGACCUGAUUCUGGAUGGCAGCGGGUCGUACGACCCUGACGUGGGGAGGGAUGCAGACCCCUCCCUGGAAUACCACUGGGGCUGUGAGAAUGUGUCCUCGCCCUGGUGUGCCCCACCUCGCCUGCAGGGAGGUGCCAGCGUCACCGUUCCCCGCACUGUGCUCUGCAGAGGCACUGGCUAUCGCUUCAUUCUCACUGUGAAGAAGCCGGGGAAGGAACCAGUCUCCGUGGCCCAGACGGUUUGGAUUGAGACUGGCCAGAUCCUGCCCGUGACCAUCGAGUGCCGUUCUUGCAGCGCCCUGUCGAGCUAUGAAAUCAGCAGGAGUGUCCACGUCACUCUGGCUGGACAGUGCCAGAGCUGUGACAACAGGACCAUAUACAAGUGGACAGCUCAGAGUUCAGAUGGACAACCUUUGACCCUGGACCAUGUGACCACCUCCACAGGGGACUCGAACCGGGACCUGGUGAUCAGACAAGGGGUCCUGCGGGAUGGGGUGAAUUACUCUUUCACGCUGUCAGCCUCCCAGUCUGACGGGGAGCUGCAGGGGGGAUCCAGCAUCACUCUGACCCCCAACAACCCGCCCAGGGGAGGGGUCUGCACCCUGACACCCGAACACGACCUCUACCUCCUGGAGACCCUGGUCUCAUACCAGUGCACAGGCUGGGUGGAUGAAGACAGCAGCCCAGUACAGCUGAUUUACACACUGAUUGCUGAAAGGUGUCCCCCCGACGGCAGGAACUGCCAGCACUUCUGCCUCUACCGUGGGAUCAAGUCUUCCUUUGGCACCUUCCUCCCUGCAGCCACAGGUGGCAGGCGCACUGCUGUCAAUGUCCUGGUUGAGCUGGAGGACUCGCAAGGAGCGAAGACCCUGGCCUUGAAUCGGACCCUGCCUCUCGCCAUGCCGGUCCUCCCAGCGGGCUUCCCGACUGUCACCAGCUGGCUGAAGAACAAGAGCCAAUCAGAACUGUGGGGUGUGGUCCAACAGGGCAACCCCCAGGAGGUGAUCCCAUACUCCCUGGCUCUCAUCACGGUGCUGAAUCAGAACUCGGGCAGCCAGGGCAAUGAGGAGGAGCUGAGGGACCGGAUCUCCAUCCGCAGCAAUGUCACCGCAGCCCUGGCCUCCCUCAAUAUCUCCAGUGUGAAGGAAGUUGCCCAGCUGAGUGCGGCGCUGCAGCAGUGUGUGGCAUUUCCAGGAGAGCUCAGCCCCGAGAGCCAGGCCAGGACCCUGGCAGCAGCCCAGAGAAUGAUCGAAAUCAUCAGCUCGGAGACAGAGGAGGGACACGAGACGCCCACCUCUGCUGGCAACAGCAUCCUGGGGAUUCUGGGGAGCACGUUAUCAGCACUGGACACAGCCCCCCACCCACCUCUGUCUGGGGCCCCUGGUCUCAGCACGGCCUUGACCGCCUUCAACCUCACCCGGGCCCUGAUGAAGUCCCUGAUGAGAUCCCGGGUCCUGAAUGAGGAGACCUUGUUGCUGUCUGUCUCGGAGAUCCGCACACAGGGCAAGAGGGCCAACUCCCCCAACCUGCUGUGCCAGGCUCCCUCUGAGCGGUGUCUCUUCUCCGUGCCCAGCGCGGUGGCCGGGCAGCUGGCAGGGAGCCAGGAGGUGGUGCAGGUGCUCAUGGACAUCUCUGUCAACCCUUUCCCAUUCAACUACUACGCCAACUCCUCCAUCUCUACCUGCCUGGCACUGCUGGAGUUCACCACUCCUGGAGGGGCCCCCAUCCCAGUCUCCAAUCUGUCUGGGGAGAAGGCUAUCGGGCUGAGGCUGCCAACGGGGCAGCAGGAGCAGCGGAGCUCUCCUCCGACGCUCAUCGUCCUCCCUCCUGGGGAGUCGGUCAAUUUCACAGUGAGGGCCUCGGUGGGGAGCCAUGCCGAGGGGGUGCACAUCCGUGUUGGCGUCACUGUGCAGGAGGGUUUUGACCCUAGCCAGGAGAGCGAGCCUUCGAUCCGUUUCUAUGGGCACUACACCCCGGUUCCCAAUGAGUUCCACUAUGCCUGGAAGGAAGAAAUCAUCUUUGACAGCUUGCAAGGAGGCAGCAGCAGGGAGGUCACCAUCUUGCUUUCAUCUCCCCACAGCUUCAACGGGACGCUCCGAGACUAUCACAUCAACAUCACCAACCGCUUCUCCCAGGCACCAGUCAGCUCCACAGUCACGGUCUUUGCCAGCCUCUGCCAGUACUUCCACUUCCCCAGCAUGCAGUGGAGCACAGAGGGCCUGAGGCCAACAGCUGCCACCAGCCAGAAGGAGAUUGUGUGCCUGACAGAACAUCUCACCGUCUUCGGAGCCAGUCUCUUUGUGCCACCUCACAGCAUCCUCUUCCUGCCCCCGAGCAAGCGCGCCAGGCAGGCUCCGCUGGUGGUGAUUACCUGCUGUGUGCUCUUCGCCAUUUACCUGGGGAUGGUGCUGAUCGCCCACAAGCUGGACGACAUUGACAUCACCCGGGUGGGCAUCAUCCCUCGCUGCGGCCAGCCUGGACGGUACAAGUACUGGGUAAUGGUGAAGACUGGCUGGAAAAGAGGAUCAGGUACCACUGCACACGUAGGGAUCAGCUUAUAUGGGCUGAACAAAAGUGGCUCUCGCCACCUGGACAAGGGCUGGGCCUUCCAGAGAAACAGCCAGGAUAUUUUCCAGGUGGAGACUGAUGCAAACCUGGGAGAGAUCUGGAAGAUCCGCAUCUGGCAUGACAACACUGGGCUGGACCCUUCCUGGUACCUGCAGCAUGUCAUUGUCUGGGACAGACAGACUGACCAUAUGUAUUUCUUCCUGGUGGGCGACUGGCUGUCCGUGGAAAAUGAGAAAAACGAAGGGCUGGUUGAAAAGGAAGUCUUGGCUGCAUGCCCACAGGAGCUGAGAUGCUUCUCUCGAGUUUUCCCUGCUCAGCUGCGUCUUGGCUUUUCUGAUUGGCACGUGUGGCUCUCCAUCUGGGGCCGCUCUCCCCACAGCCGCUUCACCCGGGUGCAGAGGAUUACCUGCUGCGUGCUUGCUGUGUACCUCUUCCUGGCCAUAUGUGUGCUCUGGUAUGGAGCCAUCGGAGUUGAGGGCUACAGUGUCCCCCUGGGGAGCCAGGUUUCAGUGACAGCAGAGAGCAUUGCUGUGGGGAUGGUUGUGUCUGUGGUGGUCUUCCCAAUACAGCUUCUCUUCACCUUCAUCUUCAGGAAAACUCGCAGCAAGGUGGUUGUGGAAGACCCCAACCCACCUGUGCAGGACUCUCAGACUGUGGAGAUGGAUGUGUGCCUGGAGCACCCUGACCUGGGCAGCUCCUCCUUGCUGUCUAUCCCAGGCGGGGUGGAGUCCAUCAUGGACGGGAGCUCCGUCAGCGGUGAGUCGUCUGGGAGUAGAAGGCCAGUGUCCACCCAGGAGAAUCUCACCAAAGUGGGCAAUUUAAGGGUCGCGAAACACUGGCCCUCCUGCGACAGCAUCUUCGACAUCCCAGAUCUUCUGAACUCAGAGCCCCUGGUGAGCCAAAGUCGGAUCCUCAAGAGGAAGAAGGCCCUGCUGAAGCUGGGAAUUGAGUCCGCAUCUGGCUCUGAUGAUGACCCCCUGUCCUUCUCCUUGGGGGACUCUGAGGAUAGCAGGAGAGACAGCCAUGGCCACCGCCUCACCCACUCUGAGGAAGAUUUGCUCAACUCCAUCAUAGCUGAGACUCAGUGGAGCAGCUCCUCGGACUGCGUCACGUCCGACAGCGGCAGGUUCUCGCCCCGAGCUGAGGCGGAUCUAGUCUCUGAUGUUACGGAAAGUUCCUGCAGUGCCUGGUCCGAUGGCAUCACACAGCAGGGGAGGAGCAGCUGGGGUUUCCUGCACAAGUCCUUCUCCUACAUCUCCGCCCUGACGAGCCCUGGCAGCGCGCUGCUCCCUGAUCCAGAGCCUCUGUCUGCCCCAGUGUCGUCCUUCUCCACCCGGAUCGGGGUGUCCCGCAGACCCUUGGAGUGGCUCUUCCCUGGCUGGGUGCUGCCCAUGACCUAUGCUUUCAUCUUCCUGCUUCUAGCAGGCUGCUUCACCAUCACCAUCCUCUAUGGCUCCCCUCUCGAUGACCACACUGCCCUAAUGUGGCUCAUCUCCUGCGUCUUCUCCUUCAUCACCUCCUUUGUGCUGCUGGAGCCACUGAAGGUGGUGCUGGAGGCCCUGCGUGCUGCUCUCAUCACCAAGCCGGUGGACAGCGAAGGAGAGGGGCUGGUGGAGGAGCCGCUGGUAAAGCCAAUGCCUGAGCGUGUUGGGAAGGUGCGAGUGCCCUGUGGAUACGGGCUUCUCCAGGCCAAGGAGGAGGCGAGGAAAGUGCGGGCACUGCGAGCGCUGAUGAGGAGCUGUCUCACCCAUAUGCUCUUCCUCCUGGUGGUACUGACCAUCAACUACCAGAGCUGCAUCCACCACCGCGAUAUCCAUCUCCUGCACGCUGCUGUCAGACAGGCCGUCGCCGCCCCAAAUAACAGAGGACUCAACUUCUCCUCUGUGCGCAGUUGCACAGACACGUGGGAGUGGAUAGACUCUGGUUACCUGAGCUACCUCUACAACAAUCCCCAACUGACCCUGGUCGGGGUGCCUCGUCUCCGGCAGGAGAGCUCUGCUGAGAACAUACCUCUGGAUCUGGCGCCCAGAGCAGAGGUUUCCAGGAGUGGCCAAGUGGACAGAGACGCAUGCUCCCAUCCCAGCCUUCCAGAAUUCAUCCAUCACUCUAUCGGGUUUUGGAUCUGGGGGCACGUCGGGUACCACACUAACACGGCUUGCUGGAGGGAGCUGGGAAACAGCUCUGUCAAAGCCCGAAGGACACUGGCUGACCUGCGAGCCAGCAACUGGAUCAACAAAAGGACCAGAGCCGUGUUUCUGGAGUUUACCCAAUACAACGUUGAUGUCAAUCUGUACGUGGCUGUAAUGCUCCUGCUCGAGCUCCCAUCAGUCAGACCGGCUGUUCCUUCCAUCCUCAUCCUACCCUACCAAAUGCUGCGCUUACACACGGGGCUGGACCUUCCACUUGCCCUUGUGGUCUCCCUGCUCGUCUUCAGCAUGGCCUUUCUCCUGCCAGAGCUGUCGCUCCUGUUCAGGAAGGCCUCCUGUUUGGGUCAGAGCCGAAGUUGGCUCCAGCUGCUCCUAGUGCUGCUCUCCAUUGCCGUCGGCGCCUUGCACUUUGCGCACAUCUGGCUGGCAGAUGUGCAGCUCAAGCAUUACCGGGGACACCGCCAGGCCUUCACCAGCUUCUAUGAAGUGGCACAGCUGGCUCGGAUGGAAGUCUGUCCGGCCCUGCUGCUGACCAUCACCACACUGAAGAUUGUACGGCAGCUGCGCUUUGUCCGGAGAUGGUCUGCGUUUGGGAAGACAUUCCAGCAUGCACUGGGGGAGCUAGCGGCUGCCACGCUCCUCUUCCUCCUGCUGUUCCUUGUCUAUGCCCAGUGUGGAUAUCUGGCGUUCUCUGCUACAGUAGAGGAGUUCAGAACGUUCCGAUGUGCUGUCUAUGCACUGCUUUCAGCCCUCCAUGGGAAAGUGGCUUUUCUGUCCGUGAUCCAGGAAUUCCCCACCCUCGGCACUGCAUACGUCCUCAGCUUCACCGUCAGCUUGCUCUGCGUUGGCAGCCGUUUCCUUUGUGCGAUCAUCCUUUACAGCUACCGCACUGUCCAAGCUGAAAUGUACCGCCCUGCCAUUGAACCGCAGGACUAUGAGAUGAUCGAGUUCUUCGUGAAGAGGUUCAAACUGUGGAUGGGGCUCAGCAAAACUAAAGCGUUCCGCCACAAAGUAAAGUUUGAAGGGAUGGACUCCCUAAUUUCACGCUCCUCCAGGAACUCCAAACACUCCCGCCUCCUGUCUGCUGGCACCAUCUUCCGCUGUGCCAGCUCCACCAUCUCCUCCUGCUCAGAGGAGCUGGCCCUUUCGGAGAGCCCUGUCCCGGAGCCAUACAAUGUACAGUUUUACUUGGACCGUCUACCCUCUGCAGUCAAUAACCUUCUGGACCAGUUUGACCGGGUCAUUAGAGUCAUGGAGGAUGUAUGCCAGUUGGAGAGGGGUCUGGAACAGGCUCAGAAAAGAAUUAAUGACAACAAGAAGGGACAGAAGAGCCUGCAGGGGGAGAAGGUGGCACCAGUUAAGCAGCUAGAGCUACCGAGGACUUACACCACCUUCUCGGAGUCUGCCCUGGUCAGACUGAGGGCCCACAGGGCCAAGGUCUCCAACUGCAAUGCCACUGAUGGGCACAAGCUGGUCCAGCAGCCUCCAGCAGAUGAGAUACCUCACCCAGUGGCUGGGUGCACAUCCUGGCUGGUUGGCCCUCCAAUAUCAACUGAUCUCUACCAAAGGUUUACCCAGGCACCAGGCAUUUCGUGCAAGUGGAGACCAAAGAGCGAGGAGGGGCAGGGCUGUCUGUGCCAUGAAGUUCCUCAGAGGCAGAUCCCUUUAAAGAGAAGAGCAUGGCAAACAGAAGGAGCUGGGAACGUGUAAUGAGAUGAAGGUAGAAAUCAGGUCAUUAAAGGAAGGUCAGACUCCUGUCCCAGCCCUGGAAACGGAGGCCUCUCAAUUUCCAAAGAGUGCUUCACUCACAGCAUCUACCCUGCUGGGCAAAGGCUAUCCUUGUGAAGGACAAAUCUUUGCAUUAGCUCAGUCCUUCACCCCGCUCCAGCAUAGUGCACCAGAAUACCAUUGUUCCCAACUCCUCUGGGGAUUCGACAGUGGGCAUGUGUUGCCAGUUCUGAGGCAGAGCUGAAACCCAGCAAAAUCAUUACAUGGUGGUGCUCCCCUCAGAAGUGAACAAUAAAGUGGGCAGUUUCAUAAGAGCUGCGAGAGAAAUGAUGGCUGAUGAUACAGUAACAUGUCCGUCCCUUUCACAAUAUUAGUGCUGACGGCCUCCCCCUUUCACAGAAAUGGGCUAAUCGAAAGGCAGCUGGAGCAACCACUCCCGAAGAAGCUCUCCCCCUAUUGCUGCUGAGAUCCCCCAGACUGAGACUUGUCAGUUGCUUCCCAGCCCUUUGGAACACUCUCCUGAAUGGGCUGAAACAAAGGCAGGUGCAGUAGCUACCCUUGAAUAAUUCUAUCCUGAGAAGAACUCCUGGAUGAUUUUUUUUUUAAUGGCAUUAAAGAAUGUGUAGAAAAUGAGUUUAUUUGAAUUAAUCACUAACACCAGCUAUGUACACACACAUUAUAGACACAACCAUGCAAUGUAUUUAACUAAAUUAAAAGAUUUAUUAUAAAGGCAAGAAUGGUUGACUGCAUUGGUCUGUCGAUACAGCUGUGUUUUUAUGUUCGCUACUUGCACCUGGCUGUCACAUUUCCCGUCUUUAGUGCCAAGUGCCUAUUCAUUCCCUUUGUGAACUGUGUCCUGUGCGCUCCCAACGCUGUUCCUCCUGUAGACACCGAAGUAUGGCCCUUGGCGUGGUUGUGCCGUGGCUGCUGUUCCCAUUUUUUCCAGGGUCGCUUUCUGAGGCCUUCCCUAUCCUCGCUCAACUCCUUUAUCUAGAAAUCAGAAUUUCCUACCCCAAACAACCACUGCCCCAGCUAACUUUCUUGUUGUGACACAUCAUAGCAGUGUUACUAUAAAGAAUCCUGAUCCCUAAUCCUUCAUUUGGAUUUAUAUGCCUUGCAGCUUGGGUCCCAUCACCUGGAGGCAGUGUGUUUAAGGACGGCUGUUGUGUACCUCUUAGAUGAAGCCGACCAGGAGGCUGAAAUGGAAGACCUCCAACCCCCUGAAUUCCCUGUUGACUGUAAACUGCAUCCAUUCCUCAUCCCCAGUUACAUUUCUGCAGCUCUGUUUCCAAUGCAGUGAAAGCACUUGCUUGGGCAGGAGAGGAUGUCAUCAGAGUUUAUAAUCUCUUUGCUCAUAACUCUCACUUGGAUAUGAUUUUGUGAAGGGUGGCAGGGCUCUAAGUGUCAGGGGAGGAAAUUCAUGAUUCAUGUCACUGCCUCCAGUCAGGGAAAGGGGCUGGGCCUCAUUAGCACUUCUAGACAGGGUGAGGUACUGCUAAGGGAACUCAGCUACCGGCAGCAACACAGAAGCAUUAGUCUUUUGUGUUCUCAGCCCCUCAAUCCAGCAAGAAGUGAGGACUGAACAACUCAAACACAGGGCAGCAGGUAUCUUCAGGACCUUGACACCAGUGAGCAGGAGGGAAGAAUUUCCAGUGAGACACCUACCUAACCGCAGGCCAUUCUCUCCCCCUGGUCCAGCACCACUUCAGGCCCAGCACAAGGAACAGUUGUAAGGUAGAGGGCAGCAUGCAGGGCUAGGUUCUUUACAUGCACCCCCAAUGGGUCUUUUAGGAACAGCAGAUUGCCACCUGGUUUUGUUCACUAUGGAGCCUGUCUCACUUUAAUAAUGCCCCAUACACAGAUAACGGGGCAGGGAUGGGAUGAAAUGGCUCCAUUUAUAGGGACAAGGGUUACUUAUUUCUAUUAGAAUAUAAUGUUUGACUUCAACUAGCUGCCAGACUCCACUUAGCCCGCUUCAGCAUCACAGAGGAGGAACAAAAUUAGCACCAUUCGAAGUCUUUCCCUCCAUGCAAUGUAAUCAAAAUAGGGCUUUUACCCCACUACAUUUCUACAACCAUGUUCAGCAGCCCAGGACUCUCUUCAGAAAGUUGGGAGAAUUCUAUAUAGAAGUUUGGAGAAAAAAAAAAUUUUUCCUGAUCCAUUUCAGUUGGGUUUAGUUCCAGUGUGGCUGAUAGCAAUACUAUGCCCUUGACUUCUCACUGCAGCAGGAACAGGCCCUGCUUCAGGCAGAAAAUUCUUCACUCACACACGUGCAGUUCCCAUCCAGCUACUGCAUGCAGUCAUGUUCAUUACUUUGUUAGAGCAGCAAAAACCUUAUUUCAAUGGCAUCAUGCUGCAAGCUGUGGCACUUUUAAAACAAAGUUUCUAGGCAGUAGAUUUUUAAGGGAGAAAAAUGCAGCUAUCCAGGCAUAGAAAUUAGCAUCGUAGAGUGCAAGUACAUUCAGUUCCCAUUUCUCUCUCUAGCUCUCCUGCUGGUAAUAGCUCACCUUUCCUGAUUGCUCUUGUUACAAUCUGUACAGUAACACCCAUUGUUUCAUGUUCUCUGUGUAUAUAAAAUCUCCCCACUAUAUUUUCCACUGAAGGCAUCUGAUGAAGUGAGCUGUAACUCACGGAAGCUUAUGCUCUAAUAAAUGUUAGUCUCUAAGGUGCCACAAGUACACCUCAAGGUAUGAGGCACUUUUUUUUCCCCAUCCAUCUUAUCAGAGCACAGUAAACACAGGUUCCAGGCUCAGCACUGAGCUGCCUUUGAGAACAGGACUAUUUUUCCCAAGACUGCUUGUCCCACUUAGAAAAGCAGUUUUAUAAGAAGGGUGAAACCUAUUAUCACUUCUGAUGGGGCAAGGAGAGAUGGUCAGAAACCAUCCUUUCCAUUUCAUAAAAAGCUGAGGCUUCAAAUUUGUUUUUGUUCUAAUGCAGAAGAGAACUGAGACCUUCCAAAAAAAAAAAAAAAGUGUGAAAAAACACCACCCCCUGCCUCUCCACAGUGAUUGGAGCAUUUACCUGGGAUGUGGGAGACCCAAGUUUAAGGCCCUGUUCUCAUUGAUUCAUUCUGGAGGGGUGUUUGUUCUUGACCAUAAAUUCUAUCCUGGCCCUGGCAAACCUUGCCAACUAUAGUUUCAUCAAAAGUGAUGUUUCCACAAAAAGUUCUGGUUUCAAAAAAUUGGCAUUUUUAAAUGAAAAACCAUUUUGUUAAAAAAUUCCCAACUCCAGUAGUGACUACUAUGGUAUCAAAAUGCAUGUUCUUGUUCACCUGAGCACUAAUCCUGGUUUGGAGACUUAAGAGGUGUCAACGCCACCUUGCAACAGUCAGUUCCACCGGUUUUUAUUUAUUGCUUCCUUAAAGGCUGGGUUCUGCGUUAGCCAUUCUCUGGUUGUCUUGUAAUGUAGAUGGUUUUAAAUAAGCAUAGUAGCAGAUCAGCUGCGUUUAUUCUUUACAUCCUCUGUGCAAUUUAAUUUUCUCACUCAUCUUUUUAUGGAUACCUUGUCACAGCAACGGCUCUUUUUCAGUACCUGUACCAAGCAGCACGGAGACAGGCAUUU